AUGAAUUUUGACCAGAAGGCUGUGAAAUUCCUGGCAAACUUUUACAUCAAUGGAGGCAAACACUGGACCCAUGGCUCCCUGAGGCCGAAGUCGAUUCCGGCUGGGUAUGUGUUGGCUCUCUGUCUCCCUUGCAGGCCCAAGACAGCUCUGAUGUUGUCCGGCCCCGAGUCCACCUGGGACGAGAUGUGGCCCCCAGCCAUGCAGGAGUUCCCAGCACCCCUCAAGAUGCACGUGAGCCCUCUCCAGGGCCCCUCGCAGAUCUGCACCCGGAACCUGAAGGAGCUGUGGCUGGAGCGUCGGCCCCCCAUUGUGACCGACCUGGACGUCCCAGGCCCCACCAAGUACGAGGUGCUGGAAGCUUCGGUGCGGGAAUCAUCCCCGCACCCCCACUUCAGUAUCGGCCGCAAGCCCCCGACCCGCGAGGGCGGUGGCCGCAGGGCAUGGCAGACCGAGUGGUUACAUAGUGAAAGCCCUUUUACACAGAAAGCCGACUUCAACCGCGAGCAACAGUGGCCAUCGCCCGCCGACUACCGUCCACUCAGCGGGCCCGCCUUACCCGCCUUCAGCUUCGGGGGACGCUGCCCCGCCUCCAAGAUAGAGGAGGCACCCCGCAACCCCGGCCCAGCCGCCUAUUACGUGGAGGAUUGCUACAACUCGCGCUUCCCCUCAGCGCCCGGAGUGGUCAUCCAGGGCGUGCGAAGACCCAAGCGCCAUGACACAGGCCCCUUCUGCACGCUUUAGAGCCUGCUAGACACAGCCCAGCCGGUUAUCGCUCGGAACCCUGCCUCCCUGGGAGCUUUCCCAGGCCUCCCUCCUGAACUGGGUGCGCUCAGUCUGGCCUUCUGACUCCCUGGGCACCCCUGAUCCACCCUCCUGGCCAGCUGACCCUUCUGUGAGCUGUGGAUGAGGAGGGCCCAGCCCAAAGCACCCCCCCCCACACACCCAUUUCUAUAUA